AUGCACUUCCUUGCCUACGCUACAGCCAGCCUUCUCGCUCUGGCCAAUUCCGCAUCGGCAACCUUUGCGCAGGUCAACAACAACUGUCCCGUCCCUGUCUGGAUCACCGUCACCAAUGCCACCCAACAACCCAGCCAGUAUGCCAUCCCCAUCCAAGGAACAUAUCUGCAAGGACGCAGUGGCAUCGGCGUUGCCUUUGGGCUGAGCAAGACGUCGGCAUACUUCUCUCCUCAAACGCCCAAGUGGACCCUCGGCUUCACCGACUCCCCUCAGGACAAUCUUCUCUACUGGUCCGUCAUCAAUGCCGACGGUGAUCCUUUCGCUGGCCAACCUUGGCGUGUCGCGCUGUCUGAUCCUAGCUGUGCCCCCUUGACUGCCUAUGAUGGAGGUGUGGUUCACACUUGUAGCAUCUUGGCCAACCUCACCGUCACUCUCUGCUAG